GCAGCUGGGCACACUGAAGGCUGACGUGUGGCGAACUUGGCAAAAAAAAUAUGCAAACCCGGUAUAUUGUGUUUAUCCUGGCCCUGGCGCCGCUGGUUCUGGCCAAGAAGUUCAAGGACGAAGAGAAACCGGCGUGGGCCAAGAAGGACAUACGCGACUACAGUGAGGCGGACUUGGAGCGUCUCCUGGACCAGUGGGAGGAGGACGAGGAGCCCUUGGAGGCGGACGAACUGCCCGAGCACCUGCGCCCACAGCCAAAGCUGGACCUUUCCAACCUCGACAGCAAGAACCCCGAGGACCUUCUUAAAGUGUCGAAAAAGGGACGCACACUGAUGACAUUCGUUACGGUUACCGGCAAGCCGACAAGGGACGAGGCUGAGACCAUUACCAAACUGUGGCAGACCAGCCUGUGGAACAACCAUAUCCAGGCAGAGCGCUACAUGGUCGACGACGACCGUGCUAUAUUCCUCUUCAAGGACGGCGCCCAAGCGUGGGAGGCCAAGGACUUCCUCAUUGAGCAAGAGCGCUGCAAGGGAGUCACAAUUGAAAACAAGGAGUACCCGGGCGUCAAUGCCCAGAAGGACGAACUGUAGACUUAUUCAAAUCAAAGCAUUCUCAAUCAAGUAUUUUUAAGCGCAAAGUUGAUCAAAUUAAAAAAAAUUCAUUUGUAAAGACUU